AUGGUGAUGCAAAGGGCUCAGGCUGAACUUAAAUUAUACUUGCAUUAUGAAGAAAAAUUUUGGAGACCAAAAGCUGGAAUGGAUUGCUUCUCAGAAGAGGAAGCUGACAAAGUUGCUGAUGAGGCUGUUUCAUUCUAUCAUAAGCAGUUUUCUCAAGAAGCUCAUGUUGAAGAAUCAUCUAUUCUUAACCAUAUUCCUGAUAUGAUUAAGUUGGAAGAUAAUGUAUUGCUAGAAGAACAACCUUCCAUGGAAGAAGUGAAGAAAGUUGUUUUUGAGUUAUCAAGUGACAGUGCAUGUGGACCAGAUGGUUUUUCUGGGAUAUUUUAUCAGAAGUGUUGGGAAGUGAUCAAAGUUGAUGUGUUUAAUGUAGUUAAAGCCUUCUUUGAAGGUCAUACCCUUCAUAAAUCUAUUAAUCACACCAAAUUAGUGCUGUUGCCAAAGAAGAAUGUGGUGGAAUCAUUUUCUAAUAUGAGGCCUAUAGGUCUCAGUAACUUCAUUGAUAAGGUCAUUUCUAGAGUGGUGCAUGACAGGCUUGAUAGGCUGCUACCAGCUGUGAUAUCAUCCAAUCAAUCAGGAUUUGUCAAGGGCAGGAAUAUUAUUGAGAAUAUGUUGUUGACACAAGAAAUUAUUACAGACAUAAGGAGGAGAGGGAAGCUUGCAAAUAUUGUUAUUAAGUUGGAUAUGACAAAAGCAUAUGAUAGAGUUUCAUGGUUAUAUCUCUCUUUUAUAGGCUAUGGGAUGCCAAAAUGGAGUUCUGCAUUGAACCACCUUGCUUAUGCAGAUGAUACCAUCAUAUUCUCAUCUUCAGAGAGUAAUUAUUGCAGCUGA